GGCCCUCCUCUUGUUUCCAGUCCAGGAGAAACCGAGGCCGAGUCUCUCUCUUGUUCUCUCGACAGCUCCGCAGCGGGCAACGCCGCCGGCACGGCCGCCGCAGGUCACCCCGUCGUUCUCCGAUGAUCCGUUCAUAACCUCCACAGGAUCGUCCCGCUUCCGCCUCCAUCUCGACCGUGCCGCCGGCCGUGACUCCGAGGCGCCGCCGCCCGCUCCUUCGCCGGCGGGGGAAAAGAAGUUGCUGGUGGUGAGGACGGGGGAGAUUUUCCUGGGGCUUGUGGCGGUGUUCGUCCACGAGGUUAGGGGGGCGUCUCCGGUUUAGCACGUGGAGGCAGAGGCAGAGGGAGGUGGUGGCGACGGCGAGCCCUCGGUUCAGCUUCUUUGCCGCCGUUUUGGGCAUCGUCGACGCCGUUGAGAGAGGAGCCUCGUCGCCUGCCGGUGCUUAAACUCCACCCCUCUCCCACCGAUGAGGCUGGUUGGCUUGACUGGUGGGAUUGCGUCGGGGAAGAGUACCAUAUCCAACCUCUUCAAAUCCAAUGGCAUCCCUGUCAUUGAUGCCGAUAUAGUUGCUCGGAAUGUAGUGCAGAAAGGCACCAGAGGUUGGAAGAAGAUUAUAAAUGCUUUUGGGAAUGAUAUCUUGUUGGAAAAUGGAGAAAUUGACAGAGCUCGCCUAGGCCAGAUGGUUUUCUCUGACCCAGUGAAACGCCAAAUUCUAAACCGUCUUCUGGCCCCACAUAUUUCAUCGGGUAUACUUUGGGAGAUAAUAAAACUGUGGAUGAAGGGAUGCAAGGUUAUAAUCCUUGACAUUCCGCUGCUGUUCGAGACAAAAAUGGACCGAUGGACAAACCCAGUCAUUGUUGUAUGGGUGGAUCCCCAAACACAGAUUGAGAGGCUCAUGUCGAGAGAUGGAUGCAGCCAGGAACAAGCGCAGAACAGGAUCAAUGCACAGCUUGCGCUGGACUGGAAGAAGUCGGAAGCUGACAUAGUUAUCAACAACUCUGGCCUUCUAGACGACACAAAAGAACAGUUCCGAGAAGUAUUGAAGCAAGUGUCUGAGCCCUUGACAUGGAAGGAGCGCAUGAUAUCCCGGGAUGGCCUUCUCUCCAUUGUUCUGUGCACAGCAGUGGGAAUUUUACUAGCUCAGAAGAAUCUGCUAUGACCUUUACAUAUUUAGGAUUGAACGAAGAGGUUGAAAACUGCAAACUACCAUUGCACUAGCACGCUUAUGGUUCUGUGAUGUUUUAUACUCCUACGUCGACUGCCGAACUUUUAGUAACAAGAUGGUCAUGAACAAGCUGAAUCUGGCAAUCAUUUGUUCGUAGCUACACCUGUGUUGUCUUAUGAGCUUGUGGUAUACGGAGUCCUAUUUGGUUAUCACUUCGGAAUGGAUUACUUGAGCAAGUCUAAAACUAGGAUGCCAGGUUGAUACACCAAUGUUUUACAGAGAUAAUCAUUCAAUAUCACCGCUUCAGGUGCUGUCUUGAAGCGGUGAUUUUGAUUACUUCGGAACUGAACGGAGUUCUCGAACGUGGAUUAGUAUUUACUUCAGGUUCAAACUUGAAAUAUUUGAAAACUCAAAGUUAUGUUGAAGUGUAGCAAGGCGCCUUGAAAUUU